AUGCGCUUCCAACCCCAAACCCCCUCUGUCAGGGUCACCAACAUCCCAGCCCUCCUGGACCACAUCGUCUGCACCCUCCCUCCCAAAGACCUAUUCCAAUGCCUCCUCACCUCUCCCGCAUUCUUCCACGCUGCCGCCAAAACGCUCUACCGCUGCGUCUCUGUCGACGACCGGCUCAUGCCUGGAGUCCUCUUGGGUUUGCCCAAAGCCACAUGCCGGUGUGGGGCAGGGAACCACGAGAACGAUGACUGUACACACUCUCCUUCAGUCUUCAGCAAACACCUGCUGGUGCGCUAUAUACGGCAGACCAUUGUCGUGCGCUCGCAUGAUACCUGUAUCUGCCCCUCUCUGCUCUAUCACAUCGCCCUCCCUCGACUCGAGCGCAUAUAUCUCGUCGACUCCAGAGACGGUCUUGCCAUGUACGACAUGGCUCUGGAAGAAAUGUGCUCGAAGCCCUACUGCCCCUUCCUGAAGAACGCGUGCUCAAAAGCUACCCAGCUCGUUCUCACCGAAUGCCACAACGCCUCCUUCGCCGAAGCCACCCCUGCGUCCAUCCUCCCCAACUUGCACAACCUGAUAUGGGUCAUGGGCUGCCACGACUUCAUGAUCUUGGGCGAGAAUAUCGGGGCACAUGCGGUCAAAGUCGGUACGACGAAGGAGGUGGAUAUGCUUUGCUGGUGGGAUCUGUUGGACAAUAUGGCGAGGAGCGUCAUGCUGGAGGGUAGCUUGGCCAGCGUCUCGACCUCUCUCAUGGAGGCUUGGAAAUCGCACACGGAUCUUGCUUUCGGGCCUUUCAACGGCGCAGAGCUGGCUGUGAGAAUCAUGACUUCCCUCGGGCGAUAUACAUCGGUCGACAAGAUCCGUCUUUACGACUUUGAGGCUUUUGCCCAAGUCCAGCUCGGAGCGGUGAACCCGCUCGUGGUUCCAGAUAUCAAAGAUUCCGCUGUUGCGGCCUUUUACAAAGGUCGAGGAUGGAAGCUUCACCGGGAGGCGCUGGUGAAAGAGCCACUGACGGCGGACGAAGUCUAUGCCGAACUCGGAGACGACGAAUAUCCCCCAGCCGACCCCAUUGCCGAAGGUCUCUCCGUCACUUUCCUUACCAACAAAGACUUUUUCCGGCGCUACGACGAUAUACCUCCCGAGGUCAUUGAAGUUCCCGAAGAGUAUCAGCUCUGGAACCGGAAUGUCGUUAGCCCUCUUCCGUCGCUUGUCAGUCUUCGACAACGAUGUGCGGAGCUUUUGGAUUUGCCCGAGUGGCAGCUAUGGCCGUUUACGGCUGGGCAGUUGAGGUAUAUGGUUUCCAACUUUCGGAAGGAGUUUGGUGUAGGACUGGCGGGAGCUUGA